AUGGCUACAGCUGAAGGGCCUGCGAGGGUGCAUGAUCGCAACGGUCGGCGCCGCCCUUUCUCGAGUUGGAUGAAGCGCCUCGCAAGCUUAAAAAGCUCCUCCGAAUCUGGUUCUCAUCGCUGGUCAAACAAGCGACAUGCAAACUCCAAGGGCAAGAAGAAUGGUGGGAAGGGCAACAAUCCGUAUCCGCUGUCAGGCACACUCCAGCGCCCAAACCACAGCGACUCAUACUCAGAAGUCGGCGACCGCGACCGCCAUGAUUCUCAAUCACGAAGUGACCCUUCUCUGGUCUAUUCAGGUUACGAAAACCCGGUUCCCGCGAGGAGCGCCAAAUCCACCGCCCCUACCGUGUCGACCAACGGCGACACCGCGAUCUCGGAUGCAGGAUACUCCAAGGCAGGGACAAUGGCGACAGGGGGCGGGGGGUUAAGCUCGCAUGGUGGAGGCGAAGGGAGCACAUUCUCAUCGCCCGCACCUUCAGUGCGAUCGUUGACCACCACCUUGACAACUGUGCAGUCGGCGGCACCAUCUACUCAAUUGUACCCUGCGCCGAAUACACAACAUGGACAUACACACGGAAGCUCGGCGCAGAGCUCUGGGAAUCAGCAGGUCCAAUUUUCGCAUCAAUUCCCUACCUCGUCAUCGCCAGCUACCGCCGUACCCCCACACCUUAUACCCCACAGCCAGUCGAUGACAUAUAGCACUGCGACAGCAAACAAUGUCUUGAACGACAAUGCCUCUAUCCUGACACUCGCAAGCUCAUCCAAGCGCCGCAGACGGAACUCUCUGGAUACCAAUGCCUCUGUGCGUGCGUUGGCACCUUCAUCGGUCUUCGGCGGGAGCCGUGAGAGCUUGCCAUUAAGCCUGCUCAGCAGUAGUGUGGUAGAGCCGUCAAACACUUCGGCAUUCAACGCCCAGGGGGUGCUGGCCCGACCGAGCAUGGUUGGACUCGCAAGUGCUGAGCGCAUCAGUGUAUAUUCCUCGUCUGGUACGGCCCCUUUGGGCAACGGCGGCGAACGAGGCAGUUUCCACACCGCGAAGCCGAGCCAGGCCGGAGGUGAUGGAUCGAGUAUUCGCAGCGGUGCGCCAUCGCAUACUCGAAAUGAUAGCACGGCUGCUAGCAUUACCGGUGGAGUGGGCAGUCCGUUGGCCAUGGCCUCUGGCCGUAUCAGCCGCAGGAGCUCCGGGUGGGGCGAGAUCACCGACGAAGGUAAUGAGAGGAAGCCUGGCGACGCGAUGGAUGAGAAUUCUGCACCCAAACCAGAGGUCUCUUUCAACGAGGAGCCACACGAAACCUGA